AUGUCACGAAAAAAAAUUGAUGAUGGUCUGGAGAGACAUGGAAUCAAUGUAUCUCAACAAACUGUAUCUAGCAUUAAACGAAAUAUUGGUCUCCAACGUAAUUCAGUUGAAAAUAUUAAAUUUUCUCGGCAGCGACCAGUGACUACGCCAUCGACCGUAUCGAAAGUAAUUCAAGCAAUUGACGUCAAUGAUCCUCCUACUCAACGUUCUAUUGCUAAAUCUUGUCACGCUAGUCAAUCUGCUAUCUUAAGAAUCAUAAAACAAGCCAACUUCACUCUUCGGAAAAAACGAAAAGUUCAUAAGCUAACAUCAUCGAACGCCGAAAAACAUCGUCGACCUCCACCUCGAUUUUAUCGACAAUUAGCUAAUAAUCGUUAUAACAAUUUCAUAACUACCGAUGAAUCUUGGUUCUAUCUCGAUGGUACUGAAGGAAAAAGAAAAGUUUGUUACAUAAAAAAGUCUGAUCCAGAUUAUGACAGAAUGAUACUUGAACAAGAUUCAUCUCGUCCACAAGGAUUUAUGGUAUGGGCUGGUAUCUCAUCUUAUGGUGAGACCUCUCUUCGUUUUGUGAAGCCUGGUGUCAAAAUUAAUUCAGACUACUACAUUAACAAUAUUUUGAAACCAUUUUUUAUCACGGGACGUUCCUCGCUUGUUUUCCAACAAAAAGAAAAAGAAAAAAAAUCUCCAUCAAGACAACGCUCCUAG